AUAUAUAUAUAUAUAGGUUAAUAGGUAUUUGUAUACUCUGUUUUUCUAAUUUUUCCGAGAUUAACAGAGCUGUGUAUAUCAAUUUUAUAAAAAGAACAAAAAAAAAAAAAGAUUUUAUUUUGGGUAAUCUCAGAGUGUGAUUUUCUUGAUACACUGAGAAUGAAUACCAGCAGUUGUAUUGGAAUUUCCACGAUGAAACCCAGCCGUAGGAUUUUAGUGGUUGGUUGCGAAAGUUGUUCGCUUUUCAGAUUUUCGCCUUUGAAAUUGAACAUCAGAAAUUUGCCGAAAUCUCAACCGGAAUCGGCCUUUGAUGGCCGUUCCGGUGGCUCUGAUUCUCAGAUUGUAGGGUACAUACGGUUGUCAGAUCGGAAUCGGAAGGGUUUUAGGGUUUCCGAUUCGAAUUGGGUCAAAUCUAAGAUUUUUAAGAGGAAUUGCAUUGGGGAUGGUGGUUAUAAUUGGGUUAGUAGUAGAAGUAGUAGGAGUAGGAGGAGUCAUUUGAUAGUAAGGAAUGUAGCAUCCGAUUUUCGGAACCAUUCGACUUCGGUGGAUGCUCAUGUUAAUGAGAAGAGCUUUGAGAGGAUUUAUGUUCAAGGAGGCUUGAAUGUGAAGCCUUUGGUGAUUGAGAGAAUUGAAACGGGUCCGAGUGACGUGGUUAAGGAAGAAGAGGCAUCUGGAUUAGAGGAAGUUCUAGAUCCGAGUGUGAACGUAGAUAGUUCCAAGAGUUUGAAUGAGACUAAGGUUGAGAGAGAGGUGCCCGAGAUUGAGAAGGAGGCGUGGAAGUUGCUAUGGGACUCUGUAGUUAUGUACUGCGGUCAUCCUGUGGGAACUGUCGCUGCGAAUGUUCCGGUGGACAAGCAGCCUGUCAAUUAUGAUCAGGUGUUCAUUCGGGAUUUCGUUCCAUCGGCACUUGCUUUCUUGCUCAAUGGAGAACCGGAGAUCGUCAAGAAUUUUUUGCUUCACACUUUGCAAUUACAGAGUUGGGAAAAAACUGUGGACUGCCACAGCCCUGGGCAAGGGCUAAUGCCAGCAAGUUUCAAAGUUAGAACCGUGCCCCUUGACGGAAGUGAUGGAGCAUUUGAGGAAAUUCUAGAUCCUGACUUUGGCGAAUCGGCCAUUGGCCGUGUUGCACCUGUUGACUCUGGGUUGUGGUGGAUCAUCUUGCUGAGGGCAUAUGGAAAGAUCACAGGGGACUAUGCAUUGCAAGAGAGGGUGGAUGUUCAGACAGGCAUAAGACUGAUCCUUAACCUUUGUUUGAGUGAUGGCUUUGACAUGUUUCCCACUCUCCUGGUCACUGAUGGUUCCUGCAUGAUCGAUAGACGGAUGGGGAUCCAUGGACACCCUCUUGAAAUCCAAGCUUUAUUCUAUGCAGCUUUACGAUGCUCCCGCGAGAUGGUCAUUGUGAAUGAUAGUACCAAAAAUCUGGUCGCUGCAAUCAACAAUCGCCUUAGCGCACUUUCAUUUCACAUCAGAGAGUACUAUUGGGUUGAUAUGAAGAAGAUAAAUGAGAUUUAUCGUUACAAGACGGAGGAAUAUUCUACAGAUGCUAUCAACAAGUUCAAUAUCUACCCUGAUCAGAUACCUUCGUGGCUGGUUGAUUGGAUUCCGGAGGAAGGUGGCUACCUUAUUGGCAAUCUUCAGCCCGCUCAUAUGGAUUUUAGGUUCUUCACUCUGGGAAAUCUUUGGGCUAUUGUUUCGUCCCUAGGUACCCAGAAACAGAAUGAGGGAAUUUUGAAUUUGAUCGAGGCCAAAUGGGAUGAUCUUAUGGGGCAGAUGCCUCUUAAGAUUUGCUACCCUGCUUUGGAGUAUGAAGAAUGGAGGAUAACCACCGGCGGUGACCCAAAGAAUACCCCAUGGUCAUACCACAAUGGCGGGUCCUGGCCUACACUCUUAUGGCAGUUCACAUUGGCCUGCAUCAAGAUGGGGAGGCCAGAAUUGGCGCGAAAGGCUGUUGAUUUGGCAGAGAAAAGGCUUGCUGUAGAUCAAUGGCCUGAAUAUUACGACACAAAAAGCGGGAGAUUUAUAGGCAAGCAAUCCCGGCUUUACCAAACGUGGACGAUCGCUGGUUUUCUGGCCUCAAAGAUGCUUUUGGAGAACCCGGAGAAGGCAUCAUUGUUGUUGUGGGAAGAGGAUUACGAGCUGCUUGAGACUUGUGUCUGCGUGCUUAACAAAACUAGUCGAAGGAAGUGUUCACGCUUUGCUUCGAGAUCUCAAAUUCAGGUCUAACGAUACCCCGUGGUCAUAUAAUUAAAAUGAAUAAAGUUGUAGAAGAACACUCAGCUCAAGAACAGGUUUUGUGGGUGACUCCCUCUAUGACAAGCAGAAGACAUUAAUUCAUGCUUUCCAGGUUUAAAUUGACCAAGAUGUAAAAUUUAUAUUCGGGAUUGUUGUUACUCUUGUAAGUGACAAACAAAUUCCACUCAGAAGGCUAUGUUUUAGAGAAGCCUCCUAACCGAUUUGUACGGACCAUAAUUGUUUUUUUCUUUUUUGCCCCAUUUGGGGUUGAUAUUGUAGGGAUUACCAUCCAAAUAUCAGAAGAACAGUUUCAUUUAUGUAUUAACUGUGUGACAUACUGUGUGUGACAUACUGUAUUAAGCUGUCUUCUUGUACGAGUAUAAUAAUCUUCUUUUCCACUUUCUUCUUUUUCAGGUUGAUACAUAGGGGCUAAACUAAGUGGUUAAUUUGGUUUUACAGAAUUUGGUUUCUUGUUAGCCAUUGAUGUAAUGCAUCAACUGUUUUGAUUGAUCCGAUGACAAUUAAUGUAGACCAGUUGGCUUGUGA